GCUGGUAGUCCUGAGCUAGAACCCAAUCUCUCUAGACCAAAUACUUGCAACAUGGCGUUCUUAGUUAGACCUCAGUUGUGAUCAUUCGAUUCACAACAUUUCAACACCUGUUCCAUGUAGUUGCGAUGACAUAUUACAGAUAGAUGCAGUUAAAAGUCUGAGCCAUGACGGAAGACUCGAAAUUUUCCAUUGUUUCGCCGAAGUCGGUGAAAUUGUACGCGGAAAUUUGCGGCGUUCAGACUUUGACAGACGAUCUUGCCAGUUCCUUGGCUGAAGAUGUGACCUACAGACUUCGCGAAACGCUGCAGAGUGCCUCACAGUUUAUGAAGCAUGCUAAGCGGAGAAGGCUCUCAAGCGAAGACUUCAACAAAGCAUUAGAAAGAAGUAGCACAGAGCCAAUUUAUGGUUAUGGAUCUAUGGAUGACGUGUUGUUUCGAAACGCACCAACUAAGGAUGGGGACAUUUUCUUUGUUGAAGAUAAGGAGAUAAGCCUACGAGAGCUGGCAAUGAAUGUGGUUAUACCCACUGACCCUGGACAAAGAAGUGUUAAAGCAAAUUGGUUGUCUGCUGAGGGCGCACUGCCUACUGGAAGUCAUGCUCAGCCAAAUGUUGCACACCUGCUUCUGACUGCAUCUUUAAUGUGUGUUGUUUCAUCUGUCAAUUUAGGACGAGUUAACAAUGAUGGAGGCAGUGUCCAGCGUCCCCUAUCUCAGGCAUGUUUAAGUUACUAUGAGCAAGUAACAAAAGCAAUUUUGGGUGAUGAUGAACAAUGCAACAGAGUGGCUCUGAGUGAUCUGAAAACAAAUCCAAAGAUUUAUUCUUUACUGGCUUACUUUGUGAACUUUAUUGCAUCCGGGGUGAAGACCUAUAGCCAUGACUUGACGCAACUAAGUAAGCUGUUGAGUAUGGUCAGAUCACUGAUUGACAAUUCAUCACUGUUCCUUGAGCCUUAUGUUAUUCAGCUGGUGACAGCAGUCAUGUAUUGUCUACUAGAGUCUUUGGCUGCAUCUCUGAACCCCAAAAAUGACCACUGGAGAUUGAGGGAUGAAGCAGCUUCCAUUUUGGCUCGCAUUAGCAGAAAAUGCAGUAACCCAGUGAAUUAUUUGAGACAGCAGCUUUUAAUGACACUACAGGAAGUGUUAUUGGAUGACGGGCGGCCAUUUUGUUCCCAUUAUGGUGCUGUAGUUGGAUUGACCGAGCUGGGACCAGAGGCCUUAGAGCAGUAUGUGAUACCACACCUCCGAACCUAUUGGACACAGCUUCAGCAAGUGUUAGACGACAACAGCCAAUCAAAUGCACUGCUGCAAGAAGAAGCUUACCAAGUUUAUGGCGCUCUUUUGCAAGCCGCAGGUUGUCUGUUGAAAUCCAAGCAGCAUGGCGUUCCAAUGACCUCUCUCGGUUUUCAAGUCAACAACUCGCACCCAGUUCUGCGCACCAAUUUAUCUCCGUGGGCUGGAGCGAGUGUACUUCAGCGCCCAGCCCCCGUGGCAAAGUCCCGAUCCCGGUCAAGUUCGACUGGUCUCGCUUCGAAUCCUUUUCAGCUGUACCAGCAGCUGUACGAUGUAUUCGGCGACAGUCUAGGUCCCAGGACUGCACACAACAACUGGCAAGACGCGGUCGUUACCAAAACUAACCAACUUCGGAUGCAACCAUUUGCGCACGCGUACUUUCCCUUACGACCUCUGCCGCGCGAUGCAAAUAUUAUCAAGGAGUUGAUUAACAAAGCGAAAGAGAAAUUACAGACAUUUGGUUCAAAAACUAACACGUUUGGUGUUAAAAGGAAGAGAACCAUUGAUGACGAAUCAAGUCAAAGUCCAAAAGAAAGACUCAAAAGCAAAAGGAUUUGUUUGACAUUGAGGCCCUCUCUUGCGAAGGUCUCUGCUACGCUCAUGGAUUUGGAUCCUGAGGAACUCAGUUCAUCGCAAAGCAUAACGGCAGGAAUUUCGAAGAAAAGCAGUGAGAAGGAGCUUGCAAAGGCUCCUAGACAUGUUCAGCGAUUGACAAACUGUGGUGUUGAGACUGGACGCAUUCAAAGAAAGUUAAGAAAGCAAAAUCCCUCGCUCAGUAACAGAGUCAAGUUUGAUUUUCACAUUGGUGUAACUUUAUAACAUCGGUAUUCUUGUUCCUGAGAAAUACCUCAAGAUAACACUGUACAUGUAAAUGUAACUCAGACUUGAUUUUCGCGGUAGAUAUUUAUACACGGUCUUGCUUGUAUUCCGUAAAAUUGAUCACAACUAUUCCUGUUUCCUGAAUGGCCCUGAAACUACAAGUCAAAGAAACACACUGCAUUCACAAAUCGAAAUACGUCUAGAGAGAAAAACUGUUGAAUCAGAGCUGAAUGGCCCUGAAACCACAAGUCAAGGAAACACACCGCAUUCACAAAUCGAAAGAAAAACUGUUCAAUCAGAACUCUUAAAAGCUUCACGUGACCAGCUCAGAGCGCGGGAAAAUAAGACGCUUGUGACCAGGUUGUGAUUGAUGUUUGGUUUUGACACUGCAACUGAUUGUUUUGGCACUUAGCCCAAGCAAAAAGGUCUAACGCUCACAGACAAUUAAACUUGUUGUGAAAGA